AUGGACGGACGUCGUGGUGCCUUCAUCUUCAUCCUCCUCUUCUUUCUCUUUACGGCGCCAAACCCUCACCCGCCGUCUUCGGUCUCCAUACGCGACUAUAAACGCCGACUAGCUGAUGAGGAGCGUGCUCUUGCUUCAUUGAACUCCUCUCACUACGGAGAUUUGGAUCCUCAAGCUGAUCGAUGGCUUCCACUUGCCGGCCUAAGAGCCACCGAUGGCUAUGCGUGGAACCUGCUUCCGUCAGUGCAAGAGAAGGCCAGGAAGCAACUACAACUGGCACUUGGCGCUUCUGGAUCUUCAGAUACGGUAUCUUCGAAGACAAAUAUCACCGAUCUCUCGCUUCCAGUUUACCACAAUGUCUCGGGCAAUGUUCGCGGUGAAUGGGUGCGCAAUAUGGAAACGGAGAGACUGAGCCGGCCAGAACUCAACCUAACUACUAUCAUCACAGAGCACGAGUAUUUCACCCGGGAAUUUGGCCACAAUGUUACCGCUCCCAAGGGUCGUAUCGUCUUCAGUCUACAUGAGGGCCAGGGACAUAGUCUAAAGCCAGAUGGCAAGGAUGGCGAAGGCGUUGAGGAGAUCAAGGUAGAGAUGCUUCUACGGACUGAUAGAUCUCUUGGAGAGAGCUGGGUAGUACCUCUAUAUGGUGUACACUUUCCGGUGUCAGGAGGGAUUAUUCUUACAUCUGCAAGCGAAAAGUAUGCAGGUCUUGCAUCGAUACCCCAUUUGGCUUUGUCAAAUGACACAUUUGAACUUUCUCGUGAACUGCUUAACAGCUCGCUCACUGAAGCGCUUUCGGAGAGAUCCAGUCAUCUCAGUACAUUUUUGCCUUGGUCGUCUCUCUCGCAGGGAACAAGUUCGGCCUCUCUUCCAGCCCCCAAUUGCGAGUAUGUUAUAUACCUGCAGCAACAUGCCCUACUAUCGGCGGGGAAGCCCAUCCCGGACUCCGUUAUAAGGGGCAUCGAGCAGGAACUCAGAUUCCCGACGGGAGCACCUAUCCCAAAACCACCACCACUAGUAUUAUCUGGUGUUAUAUUUUCUCCGGACUGUGGUUUCGUCCUAGAAACGAAAGCCUCACCAGAAUACCCUCCUACAGACGAAUUAUACCUAGUCGGGUUGAAACAAGAAGUAUAUAGUAAAUAUGCUGGGCGCUUUAUCACAGUCAUCGCUGGAAUACUCGCCGCACAAAUACUGUUGCUGAUGAAGCAGAUGAAGGAAUCCUCAACACCCUCAACCAGAAGCCGAGUAAGCUUCUACACCAUCGCUAUGAUGUCAAUGGGAGACGCGUUGUUUAUGUCUUUUAUUCUUAUAGAGCUCUACUCUGAGACUUCUUUUUUGCUACUUACGGCAACCUCGUUCCUGGCAUUCUUUGGCGUUAGCUUUCUGGGGAUGAAAUUUCAGAUUGAAAUCUGGCUGGUGCAGGCUCCGGAGCGAAGAGAACAACAGCAGCAACGGCAGCAAACCGUAGCCCAACCAACUCCAUCAACCCUUCCGCUACCGGUGACAGCACGACGACCCGCCGAUACAGGUGCAACCCCAGUUUUCCUCCCUCCAGAUCAGGAUGAAAACCCGAGUACUGUUGCGAACCCCACGCCUCCUGAUCAGAACGACGAUACAGCUAAUGCUGGCGCGAUGUAUUCACGGUUCUAUUUCCUCCUUUUCAGCUUGUUAUUUUUCUCGUCGUGGGCACUCUUUUGGCCUAGCCGUCUCCGAACUAUUUAUGCCAACACUUUGUCCUUCAUUUAUCUCUCGUUCUGGACGCCGCAAAUUUACCGGAAUAUAAUGCGGAACUGCCGCAAGGCGCUAAGGUGGGAAUUUGUCAUCGGACAAAGCCUUCUUCGUCUGUUCCCUUUCUUAUAUUUCUACUUUAUACCCCAGAACGUAUUAUUUAUCCGGGCUGGUGGUACUACCACACUUUUGCUCGUAUUUUGGGUAUGGAUCCAAAUUUGGAGUCUUGUUAGCCAGGAUAUCCUUGGGCCACGCUUUUUCGUUCCCAAGAGCUGGGUACCGCCUGCAUACGAUUACCAUCCAAUCCUACGAGAUGCGUCUGCUUCCGGCUCUGCAGAGGAUCUGGAGGCUGGAGAUGCGUUGCCGAUAUCCUCGCUACGUGCCGAGCAGAGUGAGCCUCCACCAGGCUCGCAUGAUGGAGGCAAGGAGAUAGAUUCUCGCCAUAACAGGAGGGAUUUUAGCUGUGCUAUAUGCAUGCAGGAUAUCAAUGUUCCAGUUGUUACUGGAAAUGAUCACGGCGCUGGAGCUAGUGUAACGACAGGUGCCACGCAUUUGUUCAGUCGGCGUGCCUAUAUGGUAACUCCUUGCCGCCAUAUUUUCCACUCUCAGUGCCUGGAAACGUGGAUGCGGCUAAGACUACAAUGCCCCAUCUGUCGAGAAUCAAUACCGCCUAUCUGA